AUGCUACUAAUGUUGGCCUUUGUGCCUCUUCGACCGUCCACUCUUUACCCCCUUCCCGCCCUCUCCCCCCCCUCCCUACUCUCCUCCCUCCCACCUUCGGCCCCCCGUUUCACCCUCUCCUGCCCUCUCCCCUUCCCCCCUUCAUCCCCUCUCUCCCCCCAGAUCCCCGAUGCAGCCUCGCUGGUUGAAUUCAUGGAGGUGUGGGAGCUACCACCGAUACGCCACACAAUCGUGCUGGGCUCCGUGCUCAAGGAGGUGCUUCACUACUCCAGCGCCUAUCACGCGGGACGCAUCCGUGCUCUGUGUGAAGAUGGGCGGAGAGAGAGCUCCUACUUUGACGACCGGCACUUCCUCUUCACGCACACCAUGGCGGAGGAGAGGCGGGCGAGCUUGAGAGUCACACUUGGUGAUGCUGCUUCUGCUGAAGUGGAUCUGUGUCACGUGGUGGCGGCAGCACAGUGGUUCUCAACCCAUCUGCACCGCGCCAUACCCAUCCUCAUCGUGUCGGACGAGCUGGCAGCAGCACGUGGCAGCAUGCCAUUGGGCGAGGUGCUGCAGGCCGUGCAGCGUAACGAAGUAGUGGUGAUGACAACAGAGGCAUUCUUUCAGACCUACUACGGCCACUGCACCACUGUCACCACUCUCAUGGACUCCCUCGUGAGAACCCUCUUCAUCUAUCGUACCUGGACCCUCCACCAACAUGCCUGUGCUCCUGUCCGCCUCCCUCCCCACCAGGCCACCCAGCAUGCCUUGCGCCUCUCCUCGUCCUUCAAAUCCACGUCUGGCAGCGGCAGGCUCGGUGGCAGCAGGUUUGGAAGCGGCAGGCUCGGCAGCGGGAAGAAGCGCAAGGAGGUGUUCACACCGACAUGGAGCACAGCAGUGGCGGAGGGUGUGGCAGUGGGGGCUAUCCGAGUGGGAGUGCUGCACAUCACAACCACCGAGCCUUUCAAAGCCACCGUCAGACCCAAUCGCAAGCAGUUACAUUCGCCACACAGCGACAUCACCGUCCUCUCAUGGCGGCAGCUCAACCGCGCUCUCCCGGGCGACACCGUGGCAGUCAGGCUGCUGGGCAAACGCAGGGUGGGGGACAGACAGGUGGGGGGUGGGCACAUGGGGGGAGGGCACAUGGGGGGUGGGAAAAUGGGGGCCGGGCACACGGGGGGGGGCGGCGUGGAGACGAAGGAUGGGAGAAGGGGUUGGGGGGAGAGUGAGAAAGAGGCGGAGGGGAUGAGGGAGGGAGAGGAGGGUGUGGUGGGAGUGAGGAGGUACGACGGUGGGUGGAGUGAGGGAAUGGAAGGUGGAGGUGGGGUUGUUGGGGUUGGGACUGGGGUUGGCAGUGCCGGUGGGGAGGAUGGGGAUGAGGGUGCCGGCGGUGGUUGGGGUGGUGGUGGUGGUGGCGGCGUUGCUGCUGCCACGUCUGACGCUCACCCCCUUCCGGCCCCUUCAGCCUGGGAUGAUGCUCCCCCUCGCCCUGCAACGUCAGGGUGGGGGGAAGUCCCGCCCCCGCCUCCCCCUACUGGCUGGGCGGAAGCUCCCCCCACUCCCCCUCCGCCCACAGGCUGGGGAGAAACCCCUCCUCCCCCUGCCCCUACUGGCUGGGGGGAGGCCCCUGCUGCCCCUCCCGCUCCCCCUCCCCCUACUGGCUGGGGGGAGGCUUCCCCUGCCCCUGGGUGGGGGGAUGGAGGGUGGAACGGGGGAGGGGUGAGGGAUGGAGGAGGGGAUGAUGGCAGUGGAGAGGCGGGGUGGCAGGCGAAGGAGCAGGGGCAUGGGGGGUGGGGAGGGCUUGGCGAUGGGCAGGGGCAGGGGGGUGGGGAUGGGUAUGGGGAGGCGCAGGGGGGUGGAGAUGGGUAUGGGGAUGGGUAUGGGCAGGAUUACAGUGGGUGGCAAGCGGGUUGGGAUGGGAAUGCGCAGGGGCAGGGGGAAGGGUAUGGAGAGGAGGAGCAGAGUGGAAGCAAGGAGGGGCAGGAGAGGUGGCACCGGAAAAGACCUGCAGCUUCUGGGUGGAAUCAGCACAGAGGACGUGGGGUUGGGGAUGGGGAUGGGGACGGGGGAAUGGGCAUGGGUGCAGAGAGAGGCAGGGGGGAGUACAGGGAGGAUUGGGGAAAUGGGGAGGGUGCGGAGGGGGGGGAGUAUGAGAUGGUGGGAGAGGUGGUGAGUGUGCUGCACCGAGUGAGCCGUGACUUUGUGGUUUGCCUUAAAGACCACGUGGAUGAGGUGGAAGGGGGUGCCGUGGGGGCGAGAGGUGGGGCGUGGCUGUGGGGGGAGGAAGAAGAGGAAGAGGAGGAAGAGGAGGAGGAGGAGGAGGAGGAGGAGGAGGAAGAGGAGAGUGACGAGGAAGUGAGUGAGGAAGAGGAGGAAGAGGAGGGGGAAGAUGAAGAGGAGGAAGCGGAAGGUGAAGAGGGAAGGGAAGAGGAGGCAGGGGAGCAGCACAGGCACAAUGUGCUGUCAGCCGCACAUGAACAAGUUGCAGCCGGUGCAACAGACCCAGCAGGUGCAGCAGUGCAUGGUGUGAGAAGCUCCAGCACUGCCACAUGUAGUGAGACGGACACCACUCCAUACAGCAGCGUGCGGGGUGGCAGCAGCAUGAGGAGCGAGAGUAUGGGCGUGGGGAGCAGGGAGAUCAGCAUGCGCAUGCACAGCAGCAUGGCAGGGAGUACGAGAGCCAGCUCGCGCAGCAAGCUCUCCCGUGCCUCCUCCUCCAAAGCAAGGAUGGGCUUUCUCUGUGUGCCCAUGGAUGCCCGCCUUCCGCUGAUGUUCCUGCGCACCACUCAGGCGGACCGCCUUCGUGCCACCCGCUUUGUCGUGCGCCUGGCAGCGUGGGACCGCUACUCACGCCACCCAGACGUGUACCUGGUGAGGACGCUGGGGCCAAUGGGAGCCCUCCACGUGGAGCAGGCAGUGCUGCUGGACGACAUGGGGCUCGCCUUCCCGCCCUUCGGUGACGGCGCUCUGCAGGAGGUCCCUCAACCAGUGGCUGGGGCCGCAGCAGAGGGCGGGGAGGGGGAGUGGCAGGUGCCUGAGGAGGAGAUAGCCAGGCGCAGGGACCUGCGGGAUAGGGCGCACUUCAUGUGCAGCAUCGAUCCCCCUGGCAGCAGGGAUGUGGAUGAUGUGCUCUCCACCGCUCACCUUCCCAACGGCCUCAUUCAGGUGGGAGUGCACAUAGCCGACGUGGCGUUCUUCGUGCGGCCGGGUAGUCUAUUGGAUGCAGAGGCGAGGGCGAGGGGCACGUCUGUGUACCUCGCCAACCAGCGCAGCAACAUGCUGCCAGAGGCGCUCAGCGAGGGCCUCUGCUCCCUACUAGGCGGCCACACGCGGCUGGCAGUGAGUGUCAUCUGGACGCUCGACCCCUCCCACCGCUUCGCACUCGUGGGUCCGCCGUGGUUCGGCCGAACCGUCAUCCGAUCCAACCACCAGCUCUCCUAUGCUCAAGCGCAGGCCAUAGCAGACGGAGUGCACCCGCUGCCAACGGAACACCAACUGGCUGGCGGGCUGAGGGAGGUGGCGCGAGCCAAGACGUGCAUCGCCACUCUUACUGCCUUUGCUCGGGUCAUUGCCUUUCAUCACAAUCACACUGUCACAAUCACUGCUGCAGAGGCAGAGCAGAGCCAUCCGGCAGGCAUGUGCACUGGAGCUGGCGAGUGCGGAGCUGUGUUUGUUUCUUCCCCCCUGACUUGCCUUCCUCCCCCCGCACUUGCGUUCGUUCCCCACAUUAUUAGUCUGCUUUCCUCACUGGAGCUGGCGAGUGCAAAGCAGAGCUCUGUUCCCUCCUUACCUGGCUCCAUCUUCUUUCCUCCCUCCCUCUCAUUGCUGAUCCCAGGAGCUGCGGCGGUAGAGGCAGAGGGCGGGCGCAUUGGAGCUGGCGAGUGCGGAGCUGCGGUUUGA